GGCAGAUGCCUGGAGCCUUGCGCAAGCUGAAGAUCUUCACUCCUGGACGUCUUUUGAUGCUACGCGUGGAUCUGGAACUGCAACCAGUGAUGGCACUGGUCUUGUCGGACACGACAGGAGCUUCAACAGGUGGAGGUAGUAAGGAUACGACACCACUAUGUGC